GAGGAUGGGUCGCCUCGCAGCCUGCUGGCAAGGGCCGCUAGCGGUCCUGUGCCUCCUCUUGUGCGUCUGCGGGCGCCUCCCCGGGGCCGAGGGCUUCAGGAAGAGAGGACCCACCGUGACCGUCAAGGUAUUCUUUGAUAUACAGAUCGGUGGCAAAGAUGCUGGCAGAAUUGUAAUUGGCUUGUUUGGAAAAGUAGUUCCAAAGACUGUAGAAAACUUCGUUAAACUUGCAACUGGAGAAAAAGGUUUUGGCUAUAAAGGAAGCAAAUUUCAUCGUGUAAUCAAAGAUUUCAUGAUUCAAGGAGGUGACUUCACAGCUGGAGAUGGCACUGGAGGAAUGAGCAUCUAUGGAGAUAGGUUUCCUGAUGAAAACUUUAAAUUGAACCACUAUGGUAUUGGCUGGGUCAGCAUGGCUAAUUCUGGUCCACAUACGAAUGGUUCCCAAUUCUUCAUUGCUGUGACGAGGCCUGGCUGGUUGGAUGGAAAGCAUGUAGUAUUUGGAAAAGUCAUUGAUGGAAUGUCAGUAGUGCAUGGUAUAGAACUUCAACCAACAGAUGACCAUGAUCGGCCUCUUCAAGACUGUGUGAUUGUUAACAGUGGAAAAAUAGUUGUAAAAGAACCAUUUGUGGUUGAAGUAGAUGACUGGACAAGUUGACAGCAAUGUGAGCAGAAGAACUGCAAUGGUUUUGCAAUACUUUUGAAAGGAAAUGUGGCAAGCUCCCAGGAAGCACUGAAAUACCUGGAUACUAAAUCGUGGAACACUAAAGACUAUGCUGAUGCCCUUCUCCCAGGAGGGAUAGUUUAAUGGGGGGAACCCCAUUGUAUAUCUAUUGCUUUAAGUAGUUGAAAAAUAGGGGUUUUUCCUGUUCUUUUUAUUAGUUAUACACUACUUUUUUACCAAAAUCAUUAACAGCUCCCUCUCACAUUUUGGUCACACACACACACAGUGUUUCUAAUGAUAAAACUCCAGUUAACACAUUAACGGCUCCUACUAAAAACACUGAAUAUGCAGAGAAGUUCGCUCUGAAUAGGAAAUGGAUUCUUAUUCAGCCAGCUCUUCUAAAGCUACUUAUGGUGCUGCUUUCUUAAUUUUUGGAAUAUGCAGGUGAAGAAAGAAGAAAUUAUGUAUCUACACAGCAACUUUCCCAACAUAAAGAAUACUUGAAUCUUCUUUCCAAUCAAAUUGUAUUUCUUGCACAAAAUAUAAACAUAUUCAUUUCCUAUGGCAUAUAAGAGUUUCAAAUGGAAGCUGUUAACAUGUUACUGUUACAACUAUAUUAUGUUACCAAUGCAAAUAACUUGUUUACUCACUAACAUGUAUUGAUAUAUUAUAUAGACAUUAAACUUUUUC